UUUAGAAAGGUAGUCGCCUAGGUAGCUAACGUUUGUGUUGGGAACUGAUUUGAAAGACCCACGUAACACAGAUCGUCGAAUUUUAGUAACUUUUUAAGCAUAAGCUCCUGUUUUUGCAGAAGCUUUUUUGAACACCGGAGACCAUUUUCUGCCUACGAGGAGCAGCCCGAUGGCCAGCAACGUGACAAACAAGACCGACCCACGCUCGCUUAAUUCGAGGGUCUUCAUCGGGAACCUCAACACGCUCCUGGUGACCAAGGCCGACGUGGAGGCCAUCUUCAGCAAGUACGGCAAGAUCGUGGGCUGCUCCGUGCACAAGGGCUACGCCUUUGUGCAGUAUGCCAACGAGAGGAACGCACGCGCCGCUGUGGCAGGGGAGGACGGCCGCAUGAUCGUGGGUCAAGUGUUGGAUAUUAACUUGGCUGGUGAACCCAAGCCUCACCGAUCGAAGACUGCCAAGCGCUCUGCAGGGGACAUAUACAGUUCCUCUUUUGAUCUCGAUUACGACUUUCAGAGGGACUAUUAUGACAGGAUGUACUCAUAUCCAUCACGGGUGCCCCCUCCACCGCCACCCCUGUCCCGAGCUGUGAUCCCGUCCAAACGCCCGCGGGUCAGUACCAGUGGUGGUGGGGGCCGUCGAACCAAGAGCGGCUUCUCCUCUUCCUCCAAGAGCAGUCAGAGGAUCUCAUCGUCCUCUUCCUCCUCCCGUGCUGUACGAGCAGAGGAUCUGCAGACCAUAAAGAGAGAGCUGACACAGAUCAAACACAAGGUGGAUUACCUGCUUGAGAGCUUGGAGCGAAUGGAAAAAGACCACUGCAAAAAGUCGGAAGGGAAGAGUUUGAAGUCGGAACCGGGAGAGAUGUCCUCCCUGCAGCACUCCAGCAGUUCCAGCAGCAAGAAGGAUGACAGCAGCAAAAGGGAGAGAGAGCGGGAGGCGCAGGAGCUGAAUGACUCCGAAGAAGAGGGGGACCUGCUGGAGGAGGAGGAGGAGGUGAAGAGUCGCGAGAGGGAAGACGACAACGACGAUGAGGAGGAAGAGGGGGAACAGGAGGAGGGAGAGGACGACGGCGACAGUGCUAAUGGAGACGACGACUCGUAGAUACGGCGAGAUAGACUGUUGCCCACGCACGCAAACACACACGUCCUCACACUGCAGUCAUUCUCAGAAUGCUCAGCACGCAGGAAUAACACACGGCACCAACACUACCAGUGCAAAUACUCUAAGGUCAGAUGUGGUUUUUUUUUUUUUUUUUUUAUACCCCCCUCCCUGAUUUUGCACACCUGUGUCACCUGUGGACACACUUCACUGAUCAGUGUGGUACCAGCUGUACUAAAUCUGCAGCAUCUCAUCCAUUCAUCCUCACUCAACCCUGCUGCUCCUCUUAGAUUUAUGUCCCAUUUCUCUCCUGCUUUUAGUUAGGUUUGUCCAUGUGUGCACUUGCCAGCCCUCUGUCCGCUGCGCAAGGUGAGCUUUGUUGUACUCUGCUGAACGAGGACUGGUUACUACAGGGACAUCUUCAGCGAUGUGCUGCAGUAGCUUUUCUUGACCAGCAUGUGGCAGUGAGAGAGCGGCUGUAUUUGUUUACUGUGUUUAAGGAAAAUGAUGAUAUUUGCUACGGUUAAACUUUCUUGCAUUUAGGUGAACAGUAGUGAACAGAUGGAGAUCGGAUAUAUGAUGAUAAAACGAUUGCUAGUUUAGAUUUUGUGCUCUUGUACAGAGAAAAGUUCAAGGUAAGCUUAGGAAAAGUUCCAGAUUCACUCUAUAAUGCAGUAAUUCAGUGUGUGUGUGUGUGUGUGUGUGUGUUUUUUUUGUUUAGUUUUGUUUUUAUUCCUUUUAUUUUGUCCUGAGUGUAAAAAUAAAUUUCAGUAAGUUUUCCUACUUAAGUGUUUGUGACUGACUUGCAUGUGCCCUAUGAGUGUGUGUGUGUGUGUUAUCAGGCACAUGCUGUGUACUGAUGGGAGGGACCUGGAGCUGCGCGAUAAAGCUGUUUGCACACACUGAUGGGACAGACCAGGGAGCGCGGGACACAUUCCACAUUUGCCAAGUUCAGUGCUUGUUUAAACUUGGCAUGUUUAUAAGAGGCUGUUUCUGUGAGAAAUGGGGAGUGUUUGGGGUAUGGUUAAUUCUCUGUGGGGCUCAGCAGCGGGAGGGCUGGGGAGGGUGUGGAUGGAAUAUACAAGUCAUGAGAAACGGAGGUGGAGAGAAAUGGUAAAAUCAGGAAAACGGGAGGGAUUCUGUAGCCUCUGAUAUGAAGAGGGAGGGGGGAGCUGUAGCAUUUGCGGUGAUUUAUGAGUGUGUCCCAAGGCACAGCAGCUGGGGUGUGUGUGUGGGGUGGGGUGG